AUGCCCCCCACCUCAUCCUCGACACCCCGGUCUUCACCGCCGGUGGCUACAACCGCACCACGGCGAGGCGGGGCGCAGGAGAAGUCCUCCAAGGAGAUACAGGAGCUUAUUGACAAGCGCAUGGAAAAACUGAAGGAGGAGACCGUGCAGCAUGAGAAGAAGUUUAUUCAAGGCCGGUGGGUGACCGACACAGCCGCCCUGCGCAACCGCGGGGCGCGCCAACGGGAGGCACUGAACCGGCAAGCACCCAAGAGACUUGCCAAGGUAAACAUGUACUAUUACAUGGAGGAAGCCAACACAGGACUCUUGCUCGACGACCACGAGGUAGCUGACCGCAUUUCACAGCGCGACAUUGUCAGUGGCGUGGAUCUGCAGACCCAGCAGAAGCGCUACAGCCUCGUACUGGAUAAACUGGGGCCCUACAAAAUUGAUUUUUCGAUGAACGGUACGCACCUGCUGCUUGCGGGUCUGCGCGGCCACAUGGCCAACAUCAACUGGAAAUCUUUUCAGCUUGAGGGUGAGACACAACUGAAGGACCGCAUAAGCGACGCCGUCUUCCUGGUCGACCACAGCAUGACGGCAGUCGCGCAGAAGAAGUUUGUCUACAUGUACACAAAAAAGGGAACGGAGAUGCAUCUCCUCUCCAAGAUGGCACACAUGGACCGCCUUGGCUACCUGCCAAAGCACAUGCUGCUCGCCGCCACCUCAUCCAUCUAUAGCACAAUGCAGUACUUGGACAUUAGCACUGGACAGGAGGUAGGCACAAAAGUUCCAGCCGUCAUGCGUGACCCGACAAGCACUCUAGCCGUAAAUCCGAGUAAUGGCGUCACUGCCACAUGCGACCUGCGCGGCAUCGUGAAGUUUUGGUCACCGGCUGUGGUGGACCCGCUGUUGCAGCUUAAGGGCCACAAGGGCGUUAUCGAGGACAUCUGUUUCCACCCGAAUGGACGCUUCUUCCUGACUCUCGGCGGUGAUCACAAGAUGAAGGUGUGGGAUUGCCGCACGCUCCGCACGUUGGAGGAGUACGCUGUCACCUAUAGCUUUCACACACUCAAUAUCUCCAGCAGCGGCCUCGUCGCGCUCGGCGGUGGCACCCAUGUGCACAUCUGGAAGGACAUGUUUACCGCCGCCAAGCCAAGCUCGCCCUACAUGAAGUUUGGCCUCGGCUACGGCAACAUUGCUGAGCAGGUGAAGUUCUGCCCCUUUGAGGAUGUGAUCGGCAUCGGCCACUCAAGGGGCUUUACGUCGCUGCUAAUCCCGGGCUCUGGGGAGGCGAACCCUGAUUUCUACUACGCCAACCCGCACGAGACGGAGCGGCACCGCAAGGAGCGGGUUGUGGCGAACUUGCUCGACAAGCUUCCACCCGACACCAUCUCCAUGGACAUCCAGGUCCCUGGUGUCGAUGAAAAGCGGCUGGCAGAAUACAAUGAAAAUCUGCGACUGAACCGCAAGGCGCGGGCGAUUCGUGAGAAGAAGAUGCGGCGUGCUGGGAGGUCGCUGGGGGAGACGGCGCCGACCGGUCUUUUAGUGGGCCGGGAUGAGGAGGUGGAUGAGGAGCUCGGCUACAAGGAGGCUCCAAAGACCCGGGAGAUCAAGUCGAAGCAGGAGCUGCAGCGAGAGCGCAAGAUGGCGAAGUGGGACAAGAAAGACAGCGCUGAUAAGGUGCGAAGCAAGCAGACGCUCCGCGCCUCCCGCAUCGCGCAGCGUAACCGCAUGCAGAUGGCCCGUGACGCCCGCAACGGUGUGUACGACGAGGACGCGCUGGACGCGGAGGAGGCUGAGGCACUCGCCGCUAAGUCGCGGGCCGAAAAGCAGCACAGGAAGCGCGCUCGUCAGGAGGUGCUCGAUAUGGCAAGUGACAUUCGCGGGCAGCUUCGAGAAGACUUCGACUACGAUGUGGAGGCGCGUCCAGCUGCGCAUCGCCGUCGCCAGCAGUCACACGACGACAGCGGCACAAACGGUCACAGCGCGAGGGAGCGUGGCAGCAGUGAACCAGAGGCCGGAGCACGCGCGAAUGCCGCGUUGAGGCGCUUCCUUCGGUGA